AAAGAUAACCUCCUUGGUGAACAUGUUUCAAACGCUGUCUGUAGUCUUGAAUCCUGAUCAGAGUAGACUGGAACACUGAUGAGGUUGUACUAGAUGCAUUAAGCUAAAAGCAUUGCUACUGUCAGUGUGUGUUGUUUUGUGUUUUUAUGUAAUUUGUGAAAAUUGCAAUUCAUAUUUUUCAGUGAGGGACAGACUAAGAGAAAUCGUGGGCGUUUCUACAAACUGGAGUGACCACCGUCAGGCUAUGAAGGACAGAACUUCUCUGAGUUCUCUUCUUGCUAAGCGUCAAGAAGACCUCCCGCCGCGGAGAAUGAAGGACAGCUAUAUUGAGGUCCACCUGCCACUUGGGAGCCAGCACGGGCUGCGUGAGAAGUACCUCAAUGUUCACAACAGUGUGAGGUUUGGCAGAAUCCUUGAGGACCUUGAUAGUUUAGGAGUUCUUAUCUGCUAUUCGCACACCAAGGACGCCUCUCUUCAGAGAUCCCCCCUGUCUAUUGUCACCGCUCUGGUGGAUAAAAUCGAUAUGAGGAAAAACAUUAUCUACCCAGACUGUGACAUUAAGUUUACUGGACAUGUCUCCUGGGUUGGCAAGACUUCUAUGGAAGCCAAGAUGCGCAUGCUUCAGUUCCAUGACGGUGCCUAUAGUCCUGUAUUGGAUGCGACGUUCGUAAUGGUUGCCCGGGAUCCAGAGAACAAGAGGGCUGCCUUCAUUAAUCCCCUGAUACCAGAAGGCCCAGAGGAGGAGGCCCUGUUUAAGCAGGGAGAAGUAAAUAAAACAAGACGGUCAGAGAUUAAAACAGCGUCUUUACUGAAAAUGGCACCCACUGCUGAAGAAAGAAAGAUUGUGCACAGCAUGUUCCUCAACACGCUGGAUUCCACGACCGUGAGCUUCCGUAGUCGCAUUUUGCCUCCAAACUCUGUGUGGAUGGAAGAUGCCAAGCUUAAAGGUCUUGAGAUCUGUCACCCCCAGGAACGCAACAUUUUUAAUCGAAUCUUUGGUGGUUUCCUAAUGAGGAAAGCCUAUGAACUGGGUUGGGCCAAUGCUUGCACCUAUGGUGGCUCCAGGCCUCAUCUGGUGGCUGUGGAUGACAUCAUGUUUCAGAAACCAGUUGAGAUUGGCUCCUUACUGUUCCUGUCCUCGCAAGUCUGUUACACAAAAGGCAACCACAUCCAGGUGAGAGUGCACACCGAAGUGUUUGACAGCCAGUCCGGGAAGCACAACACUACCAAUAUCUUCCACUUUACAUUCUGCUCCGAGAACGAGGUUCCACAGAUUGUACCCAAAAGUUAUGGAGAAUCCAUGCUGUACCUGGAUGGAAAGAGACACUUUGACAUCACCUAUAAUGGAACGCCACUGUCUGAGUGAAGACUAGACCGCUUACCUGGUAUCAGAGCUCCUGCCACGUCAUAGUCCUCCUUGCAUGCAGUAAAUAUCACUUGAACAGUGUAUAUCUGCAGCGAGGGACUGCCUCUUGAGUACCCUGGUAGCUCCAACGCAGCGGUGCUGUAUGUUUACAAAAGUCGCUGCUACAACUGUCAGCCUCUUUUAAAACUACAUUUUAUAUUGCUGGAAUAUAAUCAAUCAUAUCACUGUUUUUUUUUUUAUUUAUUUAUCAAGUAUGUUUUCUAUAUAGACACACACACACACAAAUGAGGAUUCAGUUUAAACAUUUUUUAUGGAGCCAUUCUUAAAUGUUGGUGUGCUGUGUGCAACCCAACCCAAGCUUCUGCAGUUAGGGUUUUUUUGCUUUCUUUUUUUGUGUGAAACACAGUAAAAGUUAAACCACUGUGUGUUAAACUAUACUGAGAGCUCCUGUCUCUAGGGGUUGGUUGUAAUAAAGAUACAAGGCACACAAACAUGUAUCUGCAGUGCUCUAGAGAAGAAUGUCUGGACAGGGGGUUGCAAUAAUGGGUAGGACAGGUUACUGAAAACAACCAAUAUUUAAAUUAUGGUCUGGAUGUGUGUGUACAUUAAGUGGGUAAAAGGCAUCAGAAAUAAGUCAUGUGGGCAUGGGCUAGCUGUUCUGGGGUAUGGAAACUGAAUCUGCUGUAUAGAUGAUAAUAAAUAAAACUAUUUAACUGCA